AAACGAUGAUUGAGCCCAAAAAAGAUGGCAGAAAAAAGAAAGAAAACCUAUCAUUUUCACGAUGAAUGGGUACCACUGAGAAAGGAGCCUGCGUGUGUCUCAUUUGCAGGGCGACUGUAGCGAUUGCGACGCGACACAAUGUGGAGAGACAUUUCACAACUUGCCACACAAGCUACCAUGCUAACUACCCGCCGGGCGCCGCACUACGACCACAAAAAGCUUGCGAUUAAAGGCAGCUCUGAGUAAACAGCAAUCUUUUUUUUAAGAGAAAAGCUCCCGGAAAGCAACCGAAGCCUCAUUAAGAGCUACGCAAUUCUUGAUGAAGAAAAAGAAGGCAUUUUCAGAUGGGGCUGUUGUCAAAGAAGCAAUGAUGAUAAUUGCUAAAACUGUGCUUGAAGACGAGAAGUACGGAACCGAUGUAAUCUCCACUCUCUCUGAUGUUCAACUGGGUGCAUCGACAAUGGUAAGAAGAGUGUCGGCGAUGUCCGCGAACUUGAUCUGGUGAUCUGGCGAGGUGCAGGUGGUUCAGCAUCCAGUGUGACGAGUCGGUGGACAGCAGCAGUACAGCACAGCUGAUGAUCUUCAUCGGGAUGUCGUCUGAUGAUUUCUCUACCAAAGGAGAACUUCUGACACUACUACCCUUAAAGACAACUACCAGGGGAGUUGACAUCUAUAACGCGGUGAAGGAGUUUUUAGUGGAGAAAAAUGUGCCGCUGGAAAAGCUGGUGUCUGUGACUGCGGAUGGAGCUCCUGCUAUGAUCGGCCGACACGCAGGAUUCAUUGCUCACUGUAAAGGUGACACAGAUUUCCCAAACUUUCUGCAUUACCACUGCAUCAUCCACCAGCAGUCGUUAUGUGCAAAAGUGAUCGGAUUUGAACACGUGAUGACUCCCGUUGUAAAGAUCAUAAACAGCAUCCGUUCCAAAGCUAAACAGCACAGAAUAUUCAAGGUACUAUUGGAGGAGCUGUCAGCUGAAUAUGGUGACCUGCUGCUACACACAGAAAUCCGAUGGCUCAGCAGGGGACGGAUUCUGCAUCGUUUUUGGUCACUUUUGGGUGAAAUCAAAGAGUUCAUGCAGUCCAGAGGGGAAGACACCUCGCUGCUGGAGGACACUGACUGGACCCUUGACCUUGCAUUUUUAACGGACAUUACUGAGAAACUGAACAGCUUGAACCGUGAGUUGCAAGGCAAAGACUUCCUGAAAGAAAGAGGAAUCAAGCACAUCAGAACGAGCGGGUACCAUCCACAAGCAAACAGAUGUGUUGAAAGAUUCAACAGAGUGCUCAAGGACUGUAUUCAAGGAGCACAAGCAGCUCAGAAAUCUCGGAAGCCAACAGUAACCGUCAUGCUCCAAAGCUAUAGAGCUACGCCCCAUGCCACAACCAACGAGUCUCCUUUCCAGCUUCUCAGAGGAAGACCUAUGCGAACCAAGCUUCACAUACUGCCAGACCGUGACCACUCAGGGAAUACAAGAAACUGAGAUCCAGAGUAGCUCGACCACAAAUUGAAAGUAAGAGUUAUACGGACAAGAAGAGAGGUGCUACACCCCAAGCUUACAGUUGGUGAUAAGGUGCGUAUCUGCAAGCCUUUUCAUGUGGGAAAAGGAGAGAGACAGUACACCGAUCCUGUGUCCGUUCAACAACAAACUGGAUUCAGCACCUUCAUCUUGAGUGACGGGAAAAGAUGGAAUGCCUCACACCUUUCUCGCUGCCCGGAGAGAGCAGAGGAACCCCCACAAGCUGGUACUGCUAAGGAAAAUGCUGGCUUGACAGACACCUUAGUAAGCCGCACCGCUCCCUGACAACAGUUACUUAAGUUACUUAAAGUUGAAUACUCAUUAAAGUAAUGCGCUUGUUUUAUUUACAGGAUUUAUUGCAGCUAGUCAAGUAAUAUUGUGAAAGAACUGGAAGCUCUGUUACAGUGGUUGAGAUGUGAAUUACUUACAGUUGCACUAUUGCUAAGUGUUGUUCUAAAUGUGAAUAGAGGAUGCAAUGGUUGACUAAUGGGGGAGAUGUGUUUGCAUAUACAGUAUACAUAUAAUUAUACUGUUACAUGUUGACCAGUAGGGGGCACUGUGGGACUGCGAAUGGGACCAACAGAGAGUGAGUGAGUGGGAGCGAAGGGAGAAGGAAGUUGGAGCUGUACGA